AUGCAAAUGCCAGCAGGGCCGGUCAAGGUGUGGUCCCGCCCUCCAAUGACCGUCAUUGCUGGGAUUCAGCCUCUUCCCAGCAGGGCGUCCGACAAGGAGUCAGUGAGCUUUGAGGAUGUGGCUGUGAAGUUCACCAAGGAGGAGUGGGCUCUGCUGGAUCCAUCCCAGAAGAAGCUGUACAAAGAUGUGAUGCAGGAAACCUUGAGGAACCUGGCUGCUAUAGGAAUCAAGUUGGAAAACCAGAAGUUUGUAAAUGAGUGUGAAAAUCUCUGGAGAAAACUAAGGUAA